AUGACAUGGUUGGUCAUAAUACUCUGCUUCCGAGGAUAUUUUGCAGUCCAAAUGGCGAAUAUUUCCGUCCAAGACCAGAGCCUCAUGGAUUACGAGUUACUUCGCCUUCUUCUAAAACUACGCCAGGAGGAGUUUUACGAUACAUUGCUGGUCUAUGGAGAGGAUUGUGAAUUUCAUUCGCUAACCAGAAAUUUAGAUGUUGCCGUAGUGCUGCUGUCGGAUACCAUGAAUUUUGAUUGGAUUUUUAGCAGCCUCACCUUGAUACUCAGUUGUGGACUUGGCAUAGAAAAAGGAGGAUCCAAUAGUACAACUUUUAAGCUGCAACGGAACAGGCGACUAGUUGUAUUAAAAGGAGAUGUUCAACCAAGUAAUAUAUGUGAUAUAUACACCCAAAAGGAUCAAUAUAACAUAGCCUUCGUGAAAGAAAACUUUGGCGAGUCAAAUGUCAUAUACUCCUGUCGCUAUUUUCAAGAGCCUAACAUAGAAGAAGUACAUUUAUCAGAGGCGAGGCCUAUCUUUAUAGAACAAUUUCGAAAUAUGAAGGGAAAAGCAAUCAGAAUUGUGCCAGAUCUCUUGCCACCUCGAUCCAUGCAGUACCAGGAUGCAAAUGAAACGAAGAUGAUUGGCUAUGUGGCAAACUUAAUCAAUAACUUCGCACAGAAACUGAAUGCCACCUUGCAGUUACACAUUCUGAAUCCUUCAACGAGCAUCACAGAGAUAUCAAGGAUGGCUAGGGACGAUGAGCUUGAUAUGGGCGUGUUUUUAGAGGCCUCAUUAUUUUCAACAAAUCUUGACACGGCGAGCUAUCCUUACCUCUUGACAUCAUACUGUCUUAUGGUUCAGGUUCCAGAAAAGGUGCCGUAUAAUUGGGUAUAUGCCAUAAUUGUGGAUCCGCUCGUCCUGGGAAUAAUCUUUGUAAUGUUCUGCCUGCUGUCUUUACUGCUAAUUUAUAGUCAAAAAAUGUCAUGGCAGAAACUGAGCCUGAGCAACAUAUUACUUAAUGAUAAGAGCCUGCGAGGACUCCUGGGUCAAUCUUUUCCGUUUCCAUUGAAUGCUAGCAAAAAGCUGCGGCUGAUUUUCACCAUUUUAUGCUUUGCAAGCAUAAUGCUUAAUACGAUGUACGAUGCCUACUUGCAAUCCUACUUCACGGACCCACCAUCUGAACCGUACAUUCGAUCCUUCAAGGACAUUGGUAAGCUUCGUCAUAAGACUGUCAUCACCGCAACUGAGGCAAACGUGCUAACUAGCACUAACAACACAAAAUUUCUCGAAAUUCCUAAAAAGCACCUACGUAUCUACGAGAGUGCGCGGGAAUUGCUUGCUCUCCGAGAUACCUUCAACCUAAGCUAUAACUACUUGGUCACUGAAGACCGUUGGAGCUCCUAUGCGGAACAGCAGAAGCUCUUUAAGGAGCCAAUGUUCUACUACUCGAAUGAUCUCUGCUUCUCGCGCAUGAUCUUCUUUUCCAUUCCCCUGCGGAGACAGCUGCCCUAUCGACACCUCUUCAAUGAGCACAUGAUGCGACAGCAGGAGUUUGGCUUAGUGAAGUACUGGAAGGGCCACAGCUUCUUCGACAUGGUGAGACUUGGUCUAACGACUCUCGAGGACCUUAGUCAGCCAAAGCCAUACAGUCCUAGCCUUGUUAUGGAAGACAUCUCUUGGAUAGUGAAACUUUAUCUCAUCGCCACUUUGCUAUGUGUUUUCUGCUUUAUGUCGGAAUUAGGAUGGGAAAAGUGGAAGCGUUGGCGAGAAUUGAGAAAUUAAUCAAACCU